GGCGCGGUGGUCUCCGUCGACGCGGGGGAGUCUGCUCGCCCGCCACCAGAGACCAACCCUGCCAGGACCGUGGACAUCUGCCCGCUAGCCACCGAGGACCUCUCCGACGGUACGGGAAGGAUGCCACGCAAGCCCAACCCCGCCAUGGAAGAGGAGCUGAAGGGCCAAAAGGUCUACCGAGAUUCGUCUUUCCGAUCGAGGACAUGUCUUCCCAUCCUGGCCGAGAAGCCCUGGGAGGCAGGGAUGCUGGGGACCACCGACGAGCUGGUCGAGGGCGUGCCGCUCUUCGGGGUCAUCCAGAAGCGCCAGGUCCGCGCCAUCUGGGACUGGAGGCGGGCCAACCUCCGCUGGCAGACGCCCAUGCACGGGCCCCUGGGCAGCUCCGCGACCCUGACCAACCUGGACCAUUCCAAUCUCGGCGAGACGGACGUGGUCUACACAGGGGAGGGCGAUAUCCCCGACAGGUUCGAGCGCUUCGAGACGCCGCCCGAUGUCUGGCUCUACUUUGUCUUGGAGGGGCUGCCCCUCCACGAGUUCUUCGACUACAUGAGGCCGAAGGCUCUCACGGCGCGCAGGCUCGGGGCGGACUCCGGGGGUGCGCGCCUGGUCUACGGGGCUCCGACGCACCAGUUGAUCGGGCCCGUCGAGUUCGAGUCAGAGAGCUGGGCGUACAUGGACGACUACGUGGUCGUGGCCUCGUACGCCAGCGGGCGGCAGCCAGUGAGCGAGGUCGUGAGGCCGACCUUACACUGUCUCGGCCAACAUCGAUCGCACGUGUGGCCUGGCUCUGGCGGCGCUGGGGCUGGCGGUGCGGACAUGCUGGACCCCAGAGCCACCGUGAAGCUGUGGGCGUGGGCGGCCAUCUCGCAGCGCAUGGGCCUCGCCAUCCGCGACCGUGUCUUCCGCGAGAUGAGGCGCCCAGAGACCGCCAGGACGCCGUUCUGCCUACCAGACGCGGCGCGGUGGGGGCUGGCGACGAUGGCCUACUGCGCCACGCUCAGGCACACGGAUCUCGAGGCGCCCUGGCUCUCGCAGGUGUCUAUGACGGGUAUGACGGACUCCAAGGACAAUGGCCACGGGGUUGCAGUCACCGAGGCCUCGCUGGAGGAGAUCAGGACGGCUACUACGGGCUACACCGGGAUGAGAGGGUGGACGAUCGCCACCGACGCCUGGGUCCCCCACGUUGGGGGGUGUACCUACGACGUGGACGAGCUCGACGAUGCGUCGGCUACACCUCCGCCGCGGGUCAGUCGGAGGGUCAACCAGGCGCUCUACCUCUUCGCGGGCAGGCGCCGGGAGGGGGACCUGGAGGAGGCCAUCUACGCGCGUGCGGAGUGCGACGGCUACGAGAUCCAGGUCUGGUCCAUCGACUCGGUGAUCGAGCCGAAGCACGACCGCCCCAACGACGAGCUGGUCAGCGCGAUUCUGGGCCAGACGCGCGACGGGCACUUCCACGCAGUGAUUGCCCCGCCGCCAUGUUCCACCUGGAGUCGAGCGUGCUUCCUGAAAGAGAGGCCCAGGCACCCGCGGACGCGCCUCGAGCCUUGGGGGCGGAGCGACAUACUACUCGCCACCUUCGAGCACCUCCGCCUGGACCUUGGGUCGCGCCUCCUGCUCACGGCCAUGCAGGCGGUCCGCGAGGUCUGCCGAACUGGUGGCCUGUGCGUGACGGAUCACCCCGCGGACCCAGAGGAGGACCUGUACACGUCCAUCGGGAACCCCCCCGAGAUGGCCUGCCUCUGCGAGGGGGCGGGCGGCCAGAUCCAUCAGAUCGACCAGGGCCGCUACGGAGCUUCGCCGAUGGAGUCGACCAUGAAGGGCAUCUUCGGGGUCUACGACGACGCACUGGACCUCGCCGUGGGCCGUCUCCGCCCGAGAGGCAACCACCGAGGGAGGCAUCCAGCGAUACUCGAGGGGCGAGUGGAGCGGGGCCGCCCCGACAUCUGCACCGCCUCCGCCCAGGCUUGCCAGCCCCCGCGGUGCGCCGCGCGAGGGAGGGCGAUCCUCGAGGCGUUGGCCCGCAUGACGAAGGAGAUAAAGGGCCCCGAUCCAGCGUGCUCGUGGGCCUCUCCAGCUAC